CAACAUUCAAUCAACAACAUGGCAGGGAACGACCGGUUCAACGAUGAAGCGUCCAACUGGGACAACAAUCCUUCUGUCCAAGAAGCAACUCGUCUAGCGUUCGACACUCUUCAACCCAUCCUCUCUCAAUCCAAUGACGUCCUCGAAGUAGGCUGCGGAACAGGCCUUUUGACCCUCCGCGCCGCCCCAUUAGUCAACCAAAUCGUCGCCAUCGACCCAGCACAGGGAAUGAUUGAGAUGCUCCAGAAUAAACUCACUUCCCCCGAUGCGCCAGACAAUAUCAAACCCAUCUGCCUCCUCCUGGAAGACCCAGAAGAUAAAGCCCUCCCACCGGCCAACCCCGCAAAUCCAACCGGUGAACGGAAGAAGUUCGACCUGAUCACAUCCCAUCUUGUUCUUCACCAUGUUCCCGAUGUAGAAGCGUUCCUGCGCACGCUACUUGGCUGUCUCAAGCCCGGUGGCCGAGUCGCGUUGACGGAUUUUGAGGAUUUCGGGCCUGCUGCGAUCAAGUUUCAUCCGCCGUCGAAGUUGGAGGGGGUGGAGAGACAUGGGAUUCAGAGAGAGUGGAUUGAGGGAUUACUCAAGAAGGUUGGGUUUGAGGAUGUCAGUGUACGAGUCGGAUGGACGAUGGACAAAGAUGUGAGCGAGUGGAAGGAGGAAGAGAGUCUGCCAUUUCCGUUUUUGAUAUGCGAGGGGAGGCAAUAAUUCAACUAAAUACAAUAUCAAAGAUACACUAUCUAAUGAUGAUUACUCGCAAUCUCAUCCAAAAGCCCCUGGACAUGCUCCGCAUCCCUCCGAAUGUGCCACUCACAAGUCCCCCACGGCCAGACAGGAAUCAGAUCCCCAUCCGCCUUGUACUCGUAGAACUGCACCAUCCGCCCAACAGCA